GCCCACUGCCAUGGCGACUCUGCUGCGCCCUGUCCUGCGCCGGCUCCGCGGGCUUCCCGGCCUCCUGCGGCUUGCGGCAGAAAUGCCUCUCCGGACCAGGAGCGCCGGCGCCGGCCCGCUGUACUCGCACCACAUCCCCACCUCCCCGCUGCAGAAAGCGCUGCUGGCCGCCGGCUCCUCGGCAAUGGCGCUCUAUGACCCCUACCGCCACGACAUGGUCGCAGUUCUAGGGGAGACCACAGGACACCGCACCAUGAAGGUCCUCAGGGACCAGAUGAGGAGGGAUCCAGAGGGUGCCCAGAUCCUGCAGGAGCGUCCCCGAAUUUCGACGUCCACCCUCGACCUGGGCAAGCUCCAGAGCCUGCCAGAAGGCUCCCUGGGUCGCGAGUAUCUCCGUUUCCUGGAUGUGAAUAGGGUCUCCCCAGACACCCGAGCACCCACCCGCUUCGUGGAUGAUGAGGAGCUAGCUUAUGUGAUUCAGCGAUACCGGGAGGUGCACGACAUGCUUCACACCCUGCUGGGGAUGCCCACCAACAUCCUGGGGGACAUGGUGGUGAAAUGGUUUGAGGCUGUCCAGACUGGCCUGCCCAUGUGCAUCCUGGGUGCUCUCUUUGGACCGAUCCAACUCAGUGCUCAGAGCCUGCAAGUGCUGGUCUCGGAGUUGAUCCCAUGGGCCGUUCAGAACGGGCGCACAGCCCCAUGUGUCCUUAACCUGUACUAUGAGCGGCGCUGGGAGCAGUCCCUGAGGGCUCUACGGGAGGAGCUGGGCAUUACGGCACCACCCGUGCAUAUCCAGGGGUUGGCCUGAGUUCCUGAGCCAGCAGGGCCUGGCCUACUUCCCCCAUCUACUGCUUCCCUUGGGGGCAGAGGGCUCCCUUGACUACCUUUGUUCCUCUUCUUUGAACACUGACCCUUGGACAACAUUUAUCAUAAUUUGUUAUAGCCACUGCUGAGUGGCCUUGAGGACGAACCCCACAGGGAGCAAGCAGUACAGUGGCACUCCCAGGGGGACCAGCAGCUGUCCAAGGAGAACCAUGCGUGAACAGUAUCAGUCGUCUGGGCUCAUGCUGGGAUGUUGCAGCACUCCUGUUGCGACUCCUUCCAACCAGCCAGGUUUGCUGGGGGCCAGGCUGGGUGUCCUCACAGGAGUGAGUGCUACACCCAAUUCCAAAAGCCCGAGAAGAGAGAAGCGGAGGGGGAGGCGAGUGUGUGAAUAAAGGCUCCCAUCAGGUCAAAAAAAAAAA